UUGGUCAAAAUAAAAUAUCUAUAAUCAUGAAAUCCCCAAAAGUUCCAUAGCAGAUAGCACAAAUGGGCAAAAAUCCAAAACUCUCUGCUCUAUCCCCACACCAUAUCCUCAAGCACCAAUCUUUCUCAAACCCAAUCACGCAAUCACACACAAUACACACACACACACACACACACAAUAACCAAAAUCAUCAAAACCCGUUAACCCCAUAACCCCAAAAGCAUCACAGAAUCAUGGAGAUUUCAUCUAUGACUCUCUCCCUUUCAAGACCCACACAUGCUUUCCCUUUCUCCUCUUCUCAUUCCACCUUCUUCAAUAAUGCCAAUCUUCUUAAUACAAACAAGAAACUUAGCAAUAAAACAUUGGUUCUUGGUAAAACCAGGAGCAGAACUGAGAGAACUCGAAAGGGUCUCACUUGUAAUGCUUUGUUUGGUCUAGGAGUGCCUGAAUUGGUUGUGAUUGCUGGAGUGGCUGCUUUGGUUUUUGGACCCAAAAAGCUACCUGAAGUUGGUAGGAGCAUUGGAAAGACUGUCAAGAGCUUCCAAGAGAAAAGGUUUGUUAUAGAUCAGCAUUCCUGGAAGCACUUUAUGACUUUUGUGUGGCAAUGCUUCAAAGCGCAUUUGUGGUCAUUGGGACUUAAAAUAUUUUCUUACUUUUGGUGAAUGUUGACGUGGAGAUGGAGGCCAUAUAGACAUGUCUGUGCUCUGAUUUGCCAUAAGCUCUUUGUUUAUAGAGGACAUCAUAUUGCAAUAAUUAUGCCUUUUGUUGCCUUCUGCUAUGCUUGAUGUAUUUAAAAAAUAUAGGAACUGGGUCCUAGUUGAUAUUUGGUGUCUCUCUCCUGGAAGUUAUGCUAUGUGUUUGGUCAUUUUGGUGGGGUCAGUUUUAUUUAAGAGAACUCAGCUUCCUGCAUACUCUUAGGAUUUGGAUGCUUUUGUAGUUUGUAGUAGUUCUAUCCACAUCUUAAAUGUGUAUUCUUUUGUGCAAUAAACCAUUAAAAAACAUUAAAUUUUGGUACAAGGAGGAGAAAUUUGAGGGUUGAACGCAUGAACUCCUACUGUUUUGCAUCACAAAGCAGGCACUUAACCGCUAGAAUGCUGCCAUACUGGCAUAGCGCCAAAUGAUUAAUCAAGUUUAAAAUGACGUCCUAGUUAACUAUUAGAUUGCUUCUAGCUCUCAUGAUAUGGUAGUAAGCAGCAAUCAGUAAGAACGAUUAAAAAAAUAAGUAAACAAGGAAUUUAUGCCAUCUUCAUAAGAUAAUUAUGUGUGCUGUUAAUGCUUAUUUCUGAACGUUCAUGCUACUGGCUAAGUGUCUUGAUUUAUUAUAUAUCAUUUUUGCCAUACAUUUUAUAAGGAAUAUAGAUAUAUAUGAUCACUAUAAUUCGCAGGCUGCAAAAGAGUUUGAAUCAGAGCUUAAAAAGGAACCUGAUUCUGCAUUGGAAAGUCCAGGAGAAACACCAACAGCAAUCAGUGAAGA